AUGGCAGAGGAGGAGCCUGCAGAAGCUCCAGCGGACGAUGCACCAGAGGCUGAGGGAGAAGAGGUAGCAGAAGCUGCCCCUGAGGCCGGUGAUGAGCUGCCCGCAGCUGAAGCGGAAGCUGAAGCUGAAGCCGAAGCACCAGCAGAAGGCGAGGAACCUGUAGAGCCUCCUGCCGCGGAAGAGCCAGCUGAGGCUGCAGAAGAGGCUCCCGCUGAGGAGGCGGCCGAGGCUGAUGCGCCUCCAGCUGAGGCCCCGGAGGCCAUGCCAGAGCUGGCCCGGACGAAUGAUUUUCAAGACGAGUUGGCGCUAGCAAAAAAUCAGGAAAGGUGUGCAUUGGAGUAG